AUGGCUGCUUACUUCUUUGCGUCCCCCAUCGACGUCGACAUCAAACUUGACUCAGAGGAGCAGCGCAAACAGGUCGAGGCCAAAACCGACAAGGAGAAGACGGUCUCUUGUCCUGUGUAUUUCGACGGAGACUCUGUCAGCGGCCAAGUUGCGAUACGAGUCCGAGACGGGAAGAAACUGCAGCAUGACGGAAUCAAAGUCGAGUUUGUGGGGAGUAUAGAAUUAUUCUAUGACCGGGGCCACCACCAUGAAUUCUUGUCACUUUCACAGGAACUCGCCGCCCCGGGUGAGAUGCGGCAAGCACAGACAUUCGAAUUCAAUUUCAAGAAUGUGGAGAAGCAAUACGAGAGCUACCAGGGCAUCAACGUCAAGCUAAGAUACUUUAUUCGAGUCGGCAUAUCACGGCGGAUGGCGGACGUCACCAAAGAGCGCGACAUUUGGGUGCACUCCUUCCGUCCCCCAGCAGACACGAACGCCACCAUAAAGAUGGAGGUCGGUAUCGAGGACUGCUUGCAUAUCGAGUUUGAGUACAACAAAUCCAAAUACCACCUCAAGGACGUCAUUGUCGGCAAGAUUUAUUUCUUGCUUGUCCGAAUCAAGAUCAAGCACAUGGAGCUCUCUAUCAUCCGGCGGGAAACCACAGGCUCUCCACCCAACCAAUAUAACGAAAGCGAAACCAUAACCAAGUUUGAGAUAAUGGACGGCGCUCCAGUCCGCGGCGAGACUAUUCCCAUUCGACUUUUCCUCGGCGGCUUCGACCUGACACCGACUUUCCGCGAUAUUAAUAAGAAGUUCAGCACGCGGUAUUACCUCAACCUCGUCCUCAUUGACGAAGAGAAUCGCCGGUAUUUCAAACAACAGGAAAUCACAAUAGUGAGGAUUCCAGAGAAUUGA